AUGCCUACCCUUGUUGGAAAAGAGAUCGGCCCCACUGGCUAUGGCACUAUGAGAAUGACCUGGCAGGCUCAACCGCCCAGCCAGGAAGUCUGCUUCGAGACUCUCAACAAGUCCCUCGAGCUCGGGGCUAACUUCUGGAACGGUGGUGAGCUGUACGGCACACCAGAGUACAACUCCUUGCACCUGUUGAACAAGUACUUCACCAUGUACCCUGAGAAUGCAGACAAGGUCGUUCUCAGCAUCAAGGGUGGAUUGAAGCCCGGCCAGCUGAUUCCGGAUGGCUCGGAAGAGAAUAUCCGCCGCAGCGUUGACGAGAGUUUGCGUGUGCUGGAUGGAAAGAAGAAACUUGAUAUUUUCGAGUGCGCUCGUCAAGAGAGCAAGUAUCCCGUUGAACACACCAUCGGGGUUCUUGCGCAGUAUGUGAAGGAGGGCAAGAUUGGUGGCAUUGGUCUGAGUGAAGUGGAUGCGGAGACUAUCCGGAGAGCACACAAGGUUCAUCCUAUUGCCGCUGUCGAGGUGGAAUUGUCCCUCUGGUCAACCGACAUUCUCGAGAAUGACGUUGCAAAGACCUGUGCUGAGCUUAACAUCCCCAUCGUCGCCUACUCGCCUCUUGGCCGCGGUGUCCUGACAGGCGCAGUGACCUCGCUGGAUGACAUUCCCGAGGGUGACAUCCGUCGACACAUGUCGCGCUUCCAAGAGAUAAACUUCCAGCAGAACUUGAUGCUUAUCAGCGAGGUCAACAGCCUGGCUUCUCGCAAGAAUGUUGCUCCCUCCCAGAUUGCCCUGGCUUGGAUCCGCACACUCAGCAACAAGCCCGGCAUGCCCACCAUCAUCCCCAUUCCCGGCGGUACGACUGUUGACAAGCUGGUUCAGAACAUGACUGGAGUGGACAAGCUCACGGAUGAGGAGAUGGCUGAGAUUGAUGCCAUCUUGAAGCGGCAUACGGUUGCUGGGCCGCGCUAUUAA